GUGAACACCAGGGGGGGCAGGCGUCCCUAUGACGCUGCAGUUGUUGGGGUGCAAUUUAUUGUACAGCCACUACGUGGUCAUUGUGCCGAGGUGAACGUGGUCACGUGAUGACUCAUUGCCAUUGGUGAGUUCUCACAUUAUGGCGGAGGGACGAGUUGUUCGAAUGGAUUGCCACUCUCAAUUAAAGGCCUGUUUCGUGUCCUGAUCGUCCGCAUUAUAGUUUUUACAGUAUUUUAUUUGUCUUGAGAAACACUUCGGAGGAGCUCUUCAACGAUGGCAGACCGCGGGGUGGAUUUGUCUGGUCUACCAAAAGAGGUCAGAGACCAAUUGGCUGAGUUGGAUCUGGAGCUAUCAGAAGGUGACAUCACUCAGAAGGGAUACGAGAAGAAGAGAGCAAAGCUCCUGGCUCCUUACAUUCCACAAACACAGAUGCGUGUAGAUGUGGACCCCUCGGUGCAGACGAUCCAGUUGUCCCCGUCGGGCCCCAGCGCUCCUGAUCCCUCCCCCUCCCCUGAGGCUGGACCCUCGGCAGCCGCCAGGCACCACAGAGCGCAUCGCAGCGGAGGAGCACGAGACGACCGAUACAGAUCAGAUAUCCAUACUGAGGCUGUUCAGGCUGCGUUGGCGAAGCAUAAGGAGGAGAAGAUGGCGUUGCCCAUGCCAACCAAGAGGCGCUCCGCCUUUGUACAGUCACCUGUCGACAACUGCACACCUCCUGACACCUCCUCAGCGUCGGAGGACGAGGGCUCUCUGCGUCGGCAGCAGCAGGCUGCGGUGACUGCGGCGUUGGCCCAGAGCCUGCAGAGUCCCGACUACUGGAUCAACCGCUCCCUGCAGGGCUCCUCCACCUCCUCCUCCGCCUCCUCCACCCUCUCACACGGGGAGCCCAAGAGCCAGGGCCAGGGGCCGGGACAGACGCAGACACAGACGCAGACACAGACGGGGAACCAGACGCAGAUUCAGCAGCUGCUGCCUGGCCUGCCCAGUGCACUAGCUGAUGUCCUGGCACACACAAGACUAGCUGAGAACAACAGUGUUCCUCCGGACGUGACCAGCUCUACCCAGUCUGAGCGCGGCUCCCGGGUGGACAUGACUCCUAUGGUGCGCGGCAUGAGCAGGGGACAGAGCAGAUCUAGCAUGAUGGAAACCGCAGACGGGGUGCCGGUGCACAGCAGGGUCUCCACUAAGAUCCAGCAGCUGCUGAACACCCUGAAGAGGCCCAAGAGGCCGCCACUCAGCGAGUUCUUCCUGGACGACACCGAGGAGAUAGUGGAGGUGCCUCGUCCGGACCCCAGUACCCCGAAGCCUGAGGGCCGCCAGAUCAUCCCAGUGAAGGGCGAGCCCCUGGGGGUGGUGAGCAACUGGCCUCCAGCCCUGCAGGCGGCCCUAGCGCGCUGGGGGGCCACCCAGGCCAAGAGCCCUGCACUCACCACCCUCGACCACACUGGAAAACCCAUCUACACGCUCACCUACGGUAAGCUGUGGAGUCGCAGUCUGAAACUGGCUUACACUCUCCUGAACAAGCUCGGAACCAAGACCGACCCCGUGCUGAAGCCAGGAGACCGGGUGGCACUGGUGUACCCCAAUAAUGACCCGGGCAUGUUCUGGGUGGCCUUCUACGGCUGCCUACUGGCAGAGGUCAUCCCCGUGCCCAUAGAGGUGCCACUCACACGCAAGGACGCAGGAAGUCAGCAGAUUGGCUUCCUUUUGGGCAGCUGUGGGGUGGGGCUGGCCCUCACCAGCGAGGUGUGUCUCAAGGGGCUGCCCAAGACCCCCAACGGAGAGAUACUGCAGUUCAAAGGCUGGCCAAGGCUAAAGUGGGUGGUGACGGAUACCAAGUACCUGACCAAGCCCUCCAAAGACUGGCAGCCCCACAUACCCACCGCCAACACUGACACUGCUUACAUAGAGUACAAGGCCAGUAAGGAAGGCACAGUGAUGGGAGUAGCCGUCUCCAAGAUCUCCAUGCUGACACACUGCCAAGCCCUCACACAGGCCUGCAACUACUGUGAAGGGGAGACGCUGGUGAACGUGCUGGACUUUAAGAAGGACAUGGGCCUGUGGCAUGGAGUCCUCACGAGUGUGAUGAACCGCAUCCACACCAUCAGUGUGCCCUACGCCGUGAUGAAGGCCUGCCCUCUCUCCUGGGUGCAGAGAGUUCACAUUCACAAAGCUCGUGUGGCACUGGUGAAGUGUCGAGAUCUCCACUGGGCGAUGAUGGCUCAUCGGGAGCAGAGAGACGUCAACUUGUCAUCACUACGCAUGCUGAUAGUGGCCGACGGAGCUAACCCCUGGUCGGUGUCAUCGUGCGAUGCCUUCCUAAACGUGUUCCAAUCCCAAGGCCUGAGGCCUGAGGUCAUCUGCCCCUGCGCCUCGUCACCUGAGGCCAUGACGGUAGCCAUACGCAGGCCUGGGGUGCGUGGCGCUCCGCUGCCUGCCAGGGCCAUCUUGUCCAUGACUGGUCUGAGUCACGGGGUCAUCAGGGUCAACACAGAGGACAAGAACUCAGCCCUCACUGUACAGGACGUAGGACACGUCAUGCCUGGAGCCCUGAUGUGUAUCGUGAAGCCGGAUGGUCCGCCCAUGCUGUGCAAGACUGAUGAGAUUGGGGAGAUCGUGCUGAACUCCCGUGCUGGAGGCACCAUGUACUACGGCCUGCCAGGAGUCACCAAGAACACCUUCGAGGUGAUCCCGGUGAACUCCAGUGGGGCUCCCAUUGGGGAGAUCCCAUUCACCCGCACUGGACUACUGGGCUUUGUGGGGCCGGGUAGCCUGGUGUUUGUGGUGGGGAAGAUUGAGGGUCUGCUGGCGGUGAGCAGCCGACGACACAACGCUGACGACUUGGUGGCUACUGCACUGGCUGUGGAGCCAGUCAAGACUGUUUACAGGGGCAGGAUUGCGGUGUUCUCAGUGACUGUGUUCUACGAUGAGCGGAUUGUGAUCGUGGCAGAGCAGAGACCAGAUGCAAGUGAGGAGGACAGCUUCCAGUGGAUGAGCAGAGUACUACAGGCUAUAGACAGUAUCCACCAGGUGGGUCUGUACUGUUUGGCUUUGGUGCCGGCCAACACGUUACCCAAGACUCCACUAGGGGGCAUCCACGUGUCCGAGACCAAGCAGCACUUCCUGGAGGGCUCCCUGCACCCCUGCAACAUCUUGUUGUGCCCACACACCUGCGUCACCAACAUGCCCAAACCACGCCAGAAGCAACCAGUGGGGGUGGGUCCGGCGUCCAUCAUGGUGGGUAACCUGGUGGCGGGGAAGAGGAUCGCCCAGGCAGCCGGGCGAGAGGUGGGCCUCAUCGAGGACCAGGAACUCGUCAGGAAGCACCAGUUCCUAUCGGAGGCCUUGCAGUCGCGAGCCCAGUCAGACCCGGAUCACGUCCUCUAUGUGCUGCUCAAUGCCAAGGGGGUGGCGAUCUGCACGGCCACGUGUCUGCAGCUGCAUAAGAGAGCAGAGAAGGUGGCUGCAGCUCUCAUGGAGCGCGGAGGCAUCAACACCGGAGACAACGUGGUGCUACUCUAUCCUCCUGGUAUUGAUCUCAUCGCCUCCUUCUACGGCUGCCUGUAUGCGGGCUGUGUCCCCGUGACGGUGCGGCCUCCUCACCCUCAGAACCUGGCCGCCACCCUGCCCACCGUCCGCAUGAUCAUAGACGUGAGUAAAGCAGCCUGCAUCUUGACCACUCAGCUCCUCAUGAAGACCCUCAGGUCCAAAGAGGCGGCAGCCAGCGUCAACAUCAAAACCUGGCCCACCAUCAUAGACACAGAUGACCUGCCUAGGAAGCGUCCUCCUCAGCUCUACAAGCCCCCCACUGCUGAGAUGCUGGCCUACCUGGACUUCAGUGUCUCCACCACCGGCAUGCUCACCGGAGUCAAGAUCUCCCAUGCGGCGGUGAGUGCUCUGUGUCGCUCCAUAAAGCUGCAGUGUGAGCUGUACUCCUCGCGCCAGGUAGCCAUCUGUCUAGACCCCUACUGCGGACUCGGCUUCGUACUCUGGUGUCUCUCCAGUGUGUACUCUGGCCACCAGUCCAUCCUGAUCCCCCCUAUGGAGCUGGAGAGCUCUCUGGCCCUGUGGCUGAGCACGCUCAGUCAGUACAAGAUCAGAGACACCUUCUGCUCCUACUCCGUUAUGGAGCUCUGCACAAAAGGACUCGGCACACAGACUGAGAUACUCAAGGCACGGGGUGUGAACCUGUCGUGUGUGCGCUCGUGUGUGGUGGUGGCUGAGGAGCGUCCUCGUCUGGCGUUGUCCCAGUCCUUCUCCAAGCUCUUCAAGGACCUGGGUCUCUCCCCGCGCGCCGUCAGCACCGCAUUCGGAUCCAGAGUCAACCUCGCCAUCUGCCUACAGGGAACAGCAGGCCCGGACCCCUCCACUGUCUACGUGGACAUGAAGUCUCUCAGACAUGACAGGGUGAGGCUGGUAGAGAGAGGGGCUCCCCAGAGUCUGCCACUGAUGGAGUCGGGCACGAUUCUUCCAGGAGUGCGGGUGAUCAUAGUGAACCCUGAAACCAGAGGACCCCUUGGGGACUCCCAUCUGGGAGAGAUUUGGGUGACUAGUUCCCACAAUGCGAGUGGCUAUUACACCAUCUACGGCGAGGAGAGUCUGCAGGCUGACCACUUCAACACGCACCUGAGCUUCGGGGAGACGCAGACGCUGUGGGCUCGCACCGGCUACCUGGGCUUCGUCAAGAGAACCGAGAUGGUGGCCGCCAGCGGAGAUCGUCAUGAUGCCCUGUUUGUGGUGGGUUCCCUGGAUGAGACUCUGGAGCUGAGAGGCCUGCGAUACCACCCCAUUGACAUCGAGACCUCUGUAUCCCGCGCCCACCGCAGCAUCGCAGAGAGUGCGGUGUUCACCUGGACCAACCUGCUGGUGGUGGUGUCGGAGCUGGCUGGCUCUGAGCAGGAGGCCCUGGACCUGGUGCCGCUGGUGACCAAUGUGGUGCUGGAGGAGCACCACCUGAUCGUGGGCGUGGUGGUGGUGGUGGACCCCGGCGUCAUCCCCAUCAACUCCCGCGGGGAGAAGCAGCGCAUGCACCUGAGGGACUCCUUCCUGGCCGACCAGCUCGACCCCAUAUAUGUGGCAUACAACAUGUGAGAUGGACCAGGAGCUCAUCCAAUAGACAUGGACCAGGAGCUCAUCCAAUAGACAUGGACCAGGAGCUCAUCCAAUAGACAUGGACCAGGAGCUCAUCCAAUAGACAUGGCCACAAUAUGUGAGCCAGGACCACAUCCAAUCAAUAUGGUCUACAACAUGUGAGCCUGAUCUAAUCGACAUGGCCACAACAUUGUGAGCCUGGACCACAUCGAAUCCCAAAACCAUGGGCGCCUAGAGACCAUCUCCUCCACAGAGCCUAUAAACACGUGAGCUUGAAAGCCAUCUCUAAUGCAACAAGGCCUACGGACCCCAUCUAGUCUUCACCAGGGGGCCUAUGUGGCCAUUGAGCCCGGACCACAUCUACUCUACGUGGCCUACAACUUGUGAACUUGGACCCCAUCUAAUCUACGUGAACUGCAGUGUGUGGUGUGGUGUGGUGUGGGACGAGACCCAUUCCAUACGCCGUGACCUACAGUACCACUUACGAGGCUGGAGCCCAUGUCAUGUGGCCGGCCGGCCGUCAACACCAGAGGCUCCAUCCAGAGUCGUGUGUGUACUGAACUGAACUGAGCUGAGCUCAGUAGUAGAGUACUGCCGCCAAUAUUUACUGUCCCCCACCUCAAUCCAGCAGCCACCACCCACACCCUAAACAACAAACAAACAAACAAAAAUAUCCCUGAGGAGGACUGACUUGGUGUUCGUUGUCUUGCACCGACCUACUCGUGAAAGGGUAGAGGAUAUUCUGCAAUGCCCUGUCUGUCCACUGGGCGUCUUCACACCCACUUCCACAUUUGUCCAAUGUUGGCCCUAGUUAGCUCUUCCUGUUGUGGGGCAUUUGGGUCUUGGGGUGGGGGUAGGUGAUUAGGAACAGCAGGGGGAUUUGGGGGCUGGGGGGUGUUCUGGCCUCUGAACAGUCCUGGUCCUAUCCAUUCCACCCUCCCUCUACUACUCCCUCUACUUCGUUCUCAGUCUCAGCCUACUGAAAUACUGUUCAGUGGACCAGACAUCCAGACAUUAACGGCAGGUUGGCUCCAUCGGCCUGCCCAUCAUGCUGACUGUGGCCUACAGUCAAAAAAUAAAGAACAAGAAAAAAACGACAGAAAUAAUAAAAAAUAAAGAAACCAAUAAAAGCUGCCCUGUCUGAUGAGGGAGGGUGAUCUUUAAGGAAACAGCACAGAGACAGACAGACAGACAGACAGACAUGAACAAAGAGGAGAUGGCUUACUGUACAUCAUGGUGCUUCCCCCUCCCUGUGGUAUAUGUUACUGUAUGUUUGGGCACACUGGAAGCUUUCUUCAUCAGUUUGUCUCUCUCCACACCUAACCACCCUCCACCUUUUACCAUCAUCAUCGCAGCAGAACCCAACUCUCUUUGAUGGUGCUACAGAGAUCCUCUGCCCCCACAGGCCAGGCCCUGCUCUGCGAAAGCAAACCACUUCUUUAAGAGUCGUCCCUCUGUGGUGGACUGUCCCUCUGCCUGUCUGACGACUCUGAACAGAUGCCGCAAUGUGGACUCACUCGCUAGCAGGAAACUGGCCUUUGCACUCAAGCCCUACGGCCCUCCAUUUUGAUGCAGCUCAACAGCUAAUAACAGAACAGGCAGGACACCUUGUCAUUCUCACAGUCCGCUUAUUUCCCCCCUGAAGAGAUCAAUGCAUUUUACAACAUCACCAGCAAUGUUUGACUGUACUGUCUGGACAGUCUUUCAGAGCUGUUCAUAGGCACAUUGGUGUGUGUGUGUGUGUGUGUGUGUGUGUGUGUGUGUGUGUGUGUGUGUGUGUGUGUGUGUGUGUGUGUGUGUGUGUGUGUGUGUGUGUGUACACAUUAAAUCUAACAUGGACAGCAUAUAGCACAGCUUUGGUUCUGAGGACAGAACUUCAUUUUUGCCAAUCAUGACGCAAUGUACAGCCCUCAUUCACAAGCCCAUUUAGGGGGAGAUCUCAGUUGUUACUUGCUGUUAAUCCCCUGAUGCUUGCAUCCCAUUACAAGCGUCAUUAUUAUGCAUUGAAACUGGUGGCGUAGAGAGUCAUUCGCAACAGCAACAGAAACGUACUCGACAACUCCAUGCCUUAUUAAACCUGUGGACCGUUUGAUUUUAGUUGUUCUCUCUUGCAUCUCUGUAUGUAAACUGUAUACUGAAAAGGGAUUUUAGAGUGAUGAUUUUACUGAAGGUAUUGGUUUUUAUAUUUUUAGUGUUCUUGUUUAUCAUGUCUCACUGGUGUUACUGUAUAAUCGAUCGGACGUAUUCUGUAUGUCUAUAAAACUUGACUGAUCUCUCAUACUUGAUAGCGAUCCUCUGCAUCACUGCUUAUGGGUAAAAUAACCUGGUCCAUGUUGGAAAAAAGUAACAAUUUGCACUUUCCCCCCAUCAGUUUAACAAUUGCAUGUUUUUCAAAAAAGAGUAUUUACAGUUUGUUUUUGUUCAUUUAGGAGAUGGGGAACAAAUUAUGACAUAAAAAUGUGUACAUAUAUAUUUUCCGUUUCACAAAGCCUGUGUACAUAUAUAUUUUGUCCCACAAAGCCUUUUUCUUAAACUUUUUUUUGUCCCUGCCACAUUCAGUAGAGGUGUGUGGCUGUAAUUUACAUUUCAGGGUAUCUCCAGUAACUCAAUGCCUCCUAUGUGAUGGCUUCUGGCACUCACUGUACUUCCUGUUUCUACUGCACCUGCCUCCACACACGGCAAGUCAAACACUCACCACAGGCCGCACUUUACAUUGACUUGGAGAGCUUUUAAACAGUGAUGAGUUACAGUAUGUGUAAAACAUAUCAGUGCCCAGAUGAAGAGUCCUGCUACGUCUUAUUGAGAGCUGCUAAAGGAAAAGCAUUGUAGUUAGUGUGGCACCUAACAGCUAAGCAGAAGAGACUUGGUGAACUGCUGUCCAGUCCCAUUCCACUGGGGGCGCUCAUAAGGCCCUUUCCUAUUCCGGUUUUGAAUAGACACACUUAGUGAUGUGGGGGUUAAUGCUAGACUUUUAAUUUAAAUUUAAAUGCCAAGCUGAUCUAUGCCAAUACAUAGAUUUAAAUAAAUGUAUUGAAUAGAA